AUGCAACUCAAACGAGCCGCGCGCGUCAUUCUUGUUGGCGCGCCGGGCGUCGGAAAGGGCACCCAGAGCGAGCGCCUGCUCAAGCGCUUCCCCCAGCUCCAGUCCGUCAGCACCGGCGACCUCUUGCGCAGCAAUGUCAAGAACCGGACGCCUCUGGGCAUCAUGGCCGAGAACAAGAUCAAGACGGGCGGCCUCGUCGCCGACGACCUUAUGCUGCGCCUCAUCUCCAGCGAACUCCGCAGCCGCGGCUGGCUCCGAGCCCAAGGCCCCCCGGACCUCAUGACUCUCUCCUCCGAGGCGACGACGGCCUCCGAGAGUCCCUCCUCCUUCUCCGUCAUGGACACCGGCCGCCUCCAGCCCCAGCAGCCGUGGAUCUCGGCCGAACCCCCUCCGCCCUCGCCGCCCCAAGCCUCCGACGACCCCUCGGCCUCGUUCAUCCUCGACGGCUAUCCGCGCAACGCCGCCCAGGCCACGACGCUUGACGCCAUCGUCCCCAUCAACCUGGCCGUUUCCAUCAAGACGCCCUUUUCCGUCAUCCUCGACCGCAUUGCCGGCCGCUGGGUCCACGAGCCCUCGGGCCGCGUCUACAACACCUCCUUCAACGCGCCCCGCGUCCCCGGUCGCGACGACGUCACCGGCGACCCCCUCGUUCAGCGGCCCGACGACUCGGAGCACAUCUACCGCGCCCGCUUCCGCAACUUCAUGCAGGCCAGCGAGCCCCUCCUCGAGCACUACGCCAAAAAGGGCGUUCUGCUUGAGGUCGAAGGCCUCAGCAGCGACGAAAUCAGCCCCAAGCUCUACGACGAGUUCGCCAGGCGCUUCGUUGGCUGA